AUGGCAUCUCUUUCCCUUCCAAAUAUUGGGGUCUACACGAAUCCCCAGCAUAAUCUCUAUGUCGCCGAAGCAGAGCCCACUCUUGAGAAGGUAAAGAGCGGUUCCUUGCUGCAGCCAGGCGAAGUGACUGUCGCCAUCAAAAGCAGUGGUAUUUGUGGAUCUGAUGUCCAUUUUUGGAAACAUGGAGGUAUUGGACCAUGGAAAGUAACCGAUAUUCAUAUCCUCGGCCACGAGUCUGCCGGUGUCGUCGUCUCUACCCAUCCAUCGGUGACUUCUCUAGCUAUAGGGGAUAGAGUCGCCGUCGAGCCACACAUCGUAUGCGGAUCAUGCGAGCCUUGUUUGACGGGCCGCUACAACGGAUGCAAGAACCUCAUUUUCCGGUCCAGUCCACCUUCGCAUGGACUCUUGCGAACAUAUGUCAACCAUCCUGCAGUGUGGUGUCACAAGAUUGGAGACUUGUCAUUUGACCAAGGCGCACUGUUAGAACCGCUCAGCGUUGCGUUGACCGGAGUGACUCGGGCAGGAGUGAAGAUCGGGGAUCCUGUUCUCAUAUGUGGCGCGGGCCCAAUUGGUCUUGUCUCUUUGCAAUGUUGUCAGGCAGCGGGGGCAUAUCCUAUCGUCAUGACUGACAUUAACCAGGGAAGACUGGACUUUGCUCGUUCUUUAGUUCCAAAUGUGAGGACUCACCACGUUACAGCCGGUCAGACACCAGAAGAUAUUGCAAAGGAUGUCUCUCGGCUUAUGAGCGAGGGCGAGAGUGGUGAACUGGAACCAGCGAUUGCACUCGAGUGCACUGGCGUUGAAGGUUCUCUGGCUGGUGCGAUACACAGCGUCAAGUUCGGUGGCAAGGUUUUCGUAAUUGGCGUGGGCAAAGACAAGCUCGAGAUUCCGUUUAUGAGACUGAGCGAGCGAGAGAUCGAUCUGCAGUUUCAGCAACGAUAUGUGAAUAUGUGGCCGCGGGCUAUCCGGGUGCUGUCGAGUGGAGCGGUGGACUUGAUGAGAUUGGUCACUCAUGUGUUUCGACUGGAAGAUGCAGUCGAGGCGUUGGAAACUGCUUCUGAUCCAACGCGUGGAUCGAUCAAGGUGUUGAUUCGAAGAGACGUUUGA